AGCCAAAAAAGCCAUCCAAAGCAAACAACACAAGAGCCUUCUCUCUCUCUCUCUCUCUACGCCUUUAAAAGCUUCCCUUGUGGUUUCAUUUCUCUCCUCUAGCGUUUUUCAUUUCUCUCAAGCUCAUCAUCACAGAUUCUCUCUAUCCCUCUUCUCGAUCCCCAAACUGGCAACCAUGAGUGACGAAGGAGAAAAGACCUGCCCACUUUGCACAGAAGAGAUGGACUUGACUGAUCAGCAAUUGAAGCCUUGCAAAUGUGGUUACGAGAUAUGUGUUUGGUGUUGGCAUCACAUAAUGGACAUGGCAGAGAAGGAUGAUUCAGAGGGGCGGUGCCCAGCAUGUCGGGUCCCUUAUGACAAAGAGAAAAUAGUAGGGAUGGCUGCUAGCUGUGGAAGAUUGGUGGCUGAAAUUAAUAUUGAGCGUAAGAAAUCACAGAAGGCAAAGAUAAAACCAUCUGAAGGAAGAAAGCAACUCAGCAGUGUGCGGGUGAUCCAACGAAACCUUGUGUACAUAGUUGGGUUGCCUCUUAAUCUGGCAGAUGAAGAUCUUCUCCAGCGUAGAGAGUAUUUUGGCCAGUAUGGAAAGGUUCUAAAAGUGUCUAUGUCUCGAACAGCAGCUGGUGCCAUUCAGCAGUUUCCAAACAAUACUUGUAGUGUAUAUAUUACUUACUCAAAGGAGGAUGAAGCAAUUCGUUGUAUUCAAUCUGUACAUGGAUUUGUCUUGGAUGGUAGAUCUUUAAAGGCAUGCUUUGGGACCACAAAAUAUUGUCAUGCGUGGCUGAGAAAUGUGCCUUGCACCAAUCCAGAUUGUCUAUACUUGCAUGAGAUAGGUUCCCAAGAAGACAGUUUUACUAAAGAUGAGAUAAUAUCAGCAUACACCAGGAGUAGAGUGCAACAGAUUACCGGUGCAACAAACAAUAUGCUAUGGCGUUCAGGGAGUACUUUGCCCCCACCUGUAGAUGAUUAUAGCAGCAAUAGUUCUGCUUCUGUAGCAAAACCUAUUGUCAAAAGUACUUCAAAUAAUAUUGUGAGUACAGGCAAGGGUUCUCCUCCAAAUGGAAGCUCUGGUAGAUCUAUUGCACUUCCUGCUGCAGCUUCAUGGGGAAUGCGUGCCUCUAGUCAGCCACAAGCUGCUAGUUUGACAUCUUCUAAUGGGUCUACUAAACCAAAACUGGACACAGUUAAUGGUAUGUUAGGAUUCCCAGCAGCAGUUGCAAGUGCAAAUCAUGCGUCUACAUUGCAUAGUGAUAUGGGAAAAAGGGCAAUUUGGAGUGAGGAUGGUCAAACUACCAAUGGUAAAGGCAAACAGGAUCCAUUGAUUUCCGGAAAACAGAAUGGAGAAGAUUUUCCAGCCAAUGUACCAGAAAAACCAGCCAUUAUUGAUGCUAUUGUUGAUGUAACAUCAACUAACAAGUCAUCUAGUCCUCCAUCUAAUCAUGACUGGGGCUCUGCUUUAGUGUCAAAUGGUAAAAACUCUGCUCAUGUUGUGCCAUCUUCUGGAUCUGAAAAGUUGGGAAUCGCUGCUACUGAUAAGGAACCAGUAAAGUUUGACAAUAAUGGAAGAAGUGAAGUUUAUGAUGCAACAAGAAAUGGUAGCCCACUUACAGAUGAUAGUGUGAUAAAAUCGCCUUUAUCACCUAGGAAUCGAGGGUUACAGCAAUCAUAUACUAACCAAUGUAAAGAAUCUUUGGGAGCUGAGAAAAUGUAUGGUCCAAGAGAACUGCAGCCUGAUUGUAGAACAGAUCCUCAGAUUCAAUCAAUUAUAAAUACCGUUUCUGAAGCGGAGGAAGAUAUAAUAUCAUUUGAUAAUCAACGACUCAAAGACCCAGAAGUUGUGAGUCAUACUUCAUACCAGCCAAAUUCAGCUAAUAUUUCAAACCAUUCUAGGUCUCAUUCUUCGCAACACAGUGAGCCUUUUGCUGCUGUGAAUCUAACUGCUGAUCCUCUAUUCAUGGAUAAUAGAGUUGGUGACCACACACUUAUACAUGCAUCUAGUAAUGCUGUAUUAUCAAAUGGAUAUCCUGAGAAAUUGCUCAGCAGUUCUGCUGGUUUUGAUAGAAACAUGGAGCAUUCCUUCUCUCUUCCAAAUGAAUGGGAAGGGGAGCACAAAGGAAGAUUUCAGGGCGAUGCUACAGCAUGGGAUGUGGGUGAGAACAGCAUAAUUUCAAAUAUACUAUCACUAGAUCUUGAUGGAUGGGAUGACCCAUUAACAUCACCUCAGAAUUUGGCUAAACUGUUGGGGGAAACUGAUAAACAGCCUAGUUCUCUCAAAAUGUCGGGUUCCUGGAAAGUUCAAAAUAGCAGUCAGUCUAGGUUCUCUUUUGCAAGACAGGAGGAAUCAAGAAAUCAAGCAGUUGAUGUUGAUUCAUCUUUUAGUGUUUUUGGGAAGUUGACAAAGAAUCUCUCAUUAAAUCAGGAGUUUUCUGAAGAAAGAAAUUCAUAUUUGGAUAAGGUUGGGAUGGGUAAUGGUUUCUCUACCUGUAAUUUUGAGGAAUCUGAAAAUUUUACCACUGUUCCUUCAGUUUUAAAUUCUAACAAGCCAUCUGCAGUUUCGAGAGCCCAAAUUUCUGCCCCUCCUGGAUUCUCUGUUCCUAACAGAGCUCCACCCCCUGGCUUUUCUUCCCAUGAAAGGAUGGAUCAUAUUUUUGAUCCUAUAUCUGGGAAUCAUAUGCUCGACUCUUCUUCCAUGCUGAGGAAUUCAUAUCAGCCACCAUCAACUGGAUACAUUAGCAGCGGUGGGGAUAUUGAAUUCAUGGAUCCUGCUAUUUUGGCAGUUGGUAAAGGGAGACUUCAAGGUGGGCUUAACAAUCCAGGUUUUGACAUGAGAGCAAAUUUCCCACAACAGCCAGGUGCCUUUGAGAAUGAGGCAAGACUUCAAUUAUUGAUGCAGCGAUCUCUCCCACCACACCAGAACCUGAGAUUUGCUGAAAUUGGGGAUAGCUUUUCUUCUCUUACAGAUUCUUAUGGCAUUUCUUCAAGGCUUGUGGAUCAAUCACAAAUGAGCAAUCUAUCUCCUUUUAUGCAAAUGUCCCUUCAGCAUUCCAGGAAUGCACUUUUGUCUAAUGGGCACUGGGAUGGAUUGAAUGAGGUUCAAGGGGGAAAUAAUCUUGGUGUGGCAGAACUCCUACGUAAUGAGAGACUAGGAUUGAAUAAGUUCUAUAAUGCUGCUUAUGAUGAUUCUAAGUUCCAGAUGCCAAGUUCAGGAGACUUGUAUAACAGAACAUUGAGAUGGUAAUGCUGUUGGAGUGACAAAUUUUUCCCUGGCUAGCAAUGGCCUACAGAGAAGCAUAAAAAUGAUCUUUAUGCAAAUUAAGUGGCCUUAUACAAAGGAUGGGACUUGACUCAUCACUGGUCUCUUUGAGCCUGCCUGAUGAAGGAUAAACUCCCAAAAAUCGGGGUCUUGAGGGCAGCAGGUGGACAAAGCUGCAACCUACAUUUGAUAUGGAGAUUUAUAUUGUGAAAUGGUGUAAUAUUUGUCAAAACUGGCUGCAGUCAGUUGAGUGUUUUGCUCUUGCUCUUGUCAUAUAAAGAAAGAGAAAAUUUUGGUUUCUACUCAUUCACAUCUAAAUAGAUGAAGUUAGAAACAUCCUUGUCCCCUACUUUUUCUUUUUCUUCAGUUUGCCUUUGGGUGAUUGAUUUCUUCACAACUUAAUAUAAGAAGCAAUUAUUAUUGUUA